AUGGUCAUCAACCCCACCUACCUCGCUCAGCGCACGCGCUCAUCGGUCAACUGGACUGAUGCGAAGAAGAGGGUCAUUCACAGCUACCGGGACUGGCUGCGGUCGGCUCCCGAGAUCCAGACCAUGUACUCGCUGAACAUGCCAGUGUCUACACUUCGGACGAAAAUGCGGCAGGAAUUUGAGCGGCAUCGAUAUGUGAAUCAACUAAAGACGGUGGAUGUACUGCUGUUCAACAGUCACCAGGAGUUCCAGGAGACGCUCAACUUCUGGAAGCAGCUGUCCCACGUUCUCAAGUACUUUCGUGCUGAGGAAGACCCCAAGGCCCGGCUACCAAACAACUUCAUCAACGGCUUCUUGGAGGGUCGCAACUGA